AUGUUGGUUACUAUCUUAUUCAUAUUUUGUAUUUUCUACACUUCUGAUGCAUUUAAAGUGACAAAAGUUGAGGAAAAUAACUAUGGGAUGAGAAACAUCACUUGGGAAUGUGAAUUUUGUCUAUCAGGAUGUAGUUUAGCACGCUAUUUUGUGAAUGAUUUCUAUUGGCGUGAUAUAUACAUGUUGGGUGCUGAAAAACUGUGUGCAUUCAUCUCUUCUGAAAAAAUAGAAAAAAUAUGUGACAAAUACACCUCGAAGUACUUACCAGAGAUUUUGGAUGGAAUAGGAUCAGUAUUCGUACCUGAAGAAAUUUGUUUGGACUUCAAUAUAUGCAAUUCUACUGAGAUUAAGAUGUUUACUAUCCAAAAAAGAAUCGAGAACCAAUCAGCUAUAAUGUUAAAAAUAUAA